GGGAGUUUCUCCUCCAGCUGCCAGUUCCCAACUCACCGACCGCCGAGCUCCAACCUACCGCCGCCCGGACACCUACCGCCGCCAUGGACGCCAUCAAGAAGAAGAUGCAGAUGCUGAAACUGGACAAGGAGAAUGCGAUCGACAGAGCCGAACAGGCGGAGGGGGACAAGAAACAGGCGGAGGAUCGCUGCAAGCAGCUAGAGGAAGAGGUUAUGGGUCUGCAGAAAAAGAUGAAAGGCACAGAGGAUGAGGUGGAGAAAUAUUCAGAAUCGGUCAAGGAUGCUCAGGAGAAGCUGGAAAUGGCAGAGAAGAAAGCAGCAGAUGCUGAGUCAGAUGUCGCUUCUCUGAACCGGCGUAUCCAACUGGUGGAAGAGGAAUUGGACCGGGCACAAGAGCGUUUGGCCACCGCCCUGCAGAAACUGGAGGAGACAGAGAAGGCAGUUGAUGAAAGUGAGCGGGGGAUGAAGGUCAUUGAGAAUAGAGCCUCAAAAGAUGAGGAGAAGAUGCAUGAUCAGGAACAACAACUGAAAGAAGCCAAACACAUUGCAGAGGACUCUGACCGCAAGUAUGAAGAGGUGGCCCGAAAACUUGUUAUUCUUGAGACCGAGCUGGAACGAUCUGAAGAGAGGGCUGAGGUAGCUGAAAGUCGAGCCAGACAGCUGGAAGAGGAACUCCGAACCAUGGACCAGAGUCUGAAAUCUGUAAUUGCAGCAGAAGAAGAGUAUUCUUCAAAAGAAGACAAAUAUGAGGAGGAAAUUAAACUUCUGACUGAAAGACUAAAGGAGACCGAAUCACGAGUGGAAUUUGCAGAAAAAUCAGUUGCUAAGUUGGAGAAAACCAUUGAUGAUCUGGAAGAGAACCUGGCAUCUGCAAAAGAGGAACACAUUGAGAUCCAGACAACUCUGGAUCAAACUCUGGUGGAACUGAACAACAUGUAGAUCUUCUGUAGAUGGUUCCUGUCCAGUCUGGUGGCUGCUUCACCCCAUCGAUGAUUACACCCGGUUUCACUGCUUUUCAAUUUAAUCAUCGUAUCACUUAAUGUAGUAUUAAUUAUUUUGUUUACCGGCACAAAGGAUCCCAAUGCAGUAUUGCUGACCCCACAGAAUGACCUGCUCUUCACAUAGCACAGCAUCCGUUUCACCGACAUUGAAACUUAGAAGACAUUUUCCAAUGUUCACUGAACAAUCACUUUUAAGAUUUUGCUUCUGCAGCCAUCAGUGAGAGGCAAAUCAAUAACUAAUUAGGAACUUAAUGAAAAUUCACUAGUUAUUUGACUACUGAGUUCCAGUAGACACUUUAUGCCCUGAAGUGACUUUUGAGAUUCAGAUGAGCACACUGAUGUCUAUCUUGUCUUUUCCAAAGCCAAACCAUCAUUCGGAAGAACUGAAUUCAGACCACAUAGCAGCUUAAGCCUUAACUGAAAGCAACCGUUCACUCACUCGAAGCUUUUUAUCCGUCUUUUAGUGCUAUGGACAGCAUUUGAAAGAGCAUUCAGGGAACCAAUUAGGCCUCCAUCCAGGCACAUAAUGGAUCGAAGUGCCUCACUAAUAAAAGGCAGCACUGUUAUCUAUU